CAGCUCGUGAUGGUGGUGUUUCGUUUUCUUUUUCUUUUUUCUUUCCCUUCCCCUUCCCUCCCCUUUUUCCUCCCUUUUUAGAGCAAGUAGAUGAAGAAGAAGGAGGAGGAAUCUCACAACCAAAAGCUCAAGCCACGCCGCCAUGUAUCGGCCCGUCAUGGGACUCGGCUUUCUCUCCAAGCGGUUCAUCAUCGCCAUCGCCCUGACCGUCUGCAUCAUAUGGGCAAUACGCUGGCGAGGACCUGAACUGGAGACCAUCCGCGACUUCGCACAUCUGAGUGGCGGCAAUGAGGAUCGCUGGAUGACCAAGAGGCAGUUUGUCAAGCGAGCCCUUCAGGACGACCUGUACGUCAAAGAGUACAACGGCACAGCGGUGCGGGACCUGUGCGGAAAGACAAAGUGGCAGGAUGGCAUCGCCAUCUCCUGUGACGAGAUCGCAGGCGGCAUAGGCAAUCUGAAGAUGAGGCUGCUUGGCUGCACAAGAUACGUCAUCGAGGCAGGAGCCAUGCUGAUCACCCCGGUGAUACAUCCAAGGCAGGCCUUUGAGAAGAUGGAGCAGAGUUUCGGGUGGGAUGUGGACCUGCCACUGGACUAUGUCUUCGAUAGCGAGCAUUUCUACGAGACGCUGGCGCAGGACUGCCCCCAGCUGCGCAUCGUGAAUGACACCGACCCGACGCUCAACAUACCGCCCAAGCAGGAUGCUUACAAGCUGCGGCCCAACUCGCUCGUCCAGACGUCCAUGGGCGAGCAUGUGGUCAUGGACCCCAAGGGCUGGCGACCAGCGUUCGACAAGUGGGUCGACGGGACGAUUGUCAAGACGAACGGGCAUCUGUUGUCUGCACAGCGUCCGGUGCGCAUCAGCUUCGACGAGUGGGUGCAGUUCUCCUGGCCCAACGCCUACGACGGCGAAGAGUUCAAGAACGACUGGGGCCACGCAGCCCGCGUUCGGCAGGACAUCCGGGAGCUGUCGGCCCGCGCGCUCUAUAAGCUGUACAAGAAGAUCGGCUGCAGGCAGAGCCCGCACGCCCCGUCCAAGAACUGCUUCCUCGGAGCCCACGUCCGCACAGAGGCGGACGCCAAGGUCGAGGGCUGGGACACGUACGAGACCCAGAUGCAGCACGCGCGGGAGCAGCUGGAGACGCACAACCUGAGCGUCCUCUACGUCGCUACCGGCACGGCCAGCGACGUCGACAGGCUCAAGGCCGACCUCAAGGACUUGACCGUCCGCGUCAACGAGACCCAUGAGGCUGACGUCCAGGUCCUGCAGAAAUGGGAUCUUCUCGAGGAGGAGGACAUGAUGCUGAUGGAUGGCUUUACGUGGGACCAGAUGGCCCUCGUGGACAUGGACAUCAUGCUGAGGGCGAGUCGUUUCGAGGGCAUCUGGGAGAGCAGCUGGACGUGGAUGAUUGCCCUCAAGAGACACGAAUGGAGUGAGGAUACAAAUCCAUUUUCUCACCAAGUCACCUUUGAAGAUGGACUAAGCAAGAUAUAUGGCGCAGCAGGAAUGCAACCAUUCAUACCACCCACGAUGUAUUUAUAGUCUCGAGAGACGCAUUGUUUUCGAGUAUCUAUGACGGCCGGCGUUGUUGCUUGAGAGGCGUUUUGGAUUUAACAUGGAGGGGAAUUUGAUACACUUUUCUUCAUAAUUCGAGGCAUUCCUUUUUUUUUCCUUCCCCCCCGAAAUUCAUACACUUCUCUU